ACCAAUCUCGAUUGAUCCGAGGGCAAUAUGAGUACAAAGUGACGAGCACGGCAAAUCAUGAAACGACGGGCAGCAUUGCAUCGAAUAUGGAGUUGGUCUACAUCUAGACUUGGGCAUUAGUGGAAUUCUGGCUUUCACGGCGAAUGGUUCAUCGGCGUUGCGGUUGAGGGAACUCGGAGCACACCUCACUGGGCUCGAAAGGCCCUGGGUUUUGCCUUCGAGGACUCACUACUUGCGCGACCGUAUGAACCUUUUUGCUUUGACGGUAACGUGUCGCAUGUCUGGUAUCCAGGCGGGAAUAGGGACGGUUGGUUUGAACGGGGCACGGAGUAUUUACCUGCCUGAGCGUUUGGCUCUGGCAGUUCCGCAUCGCGGACUUUUGGCGUUUUCUGUUUUUGCACAUGGGACGUUUGGUCUGUUCUACUCUUCAUCCAUCACUGCUUUCCAGCAGCUUUCCAGCAAGAGUGUUUUCUGUAAGAUACACACAGGUAGCCCUAGCUUAUGUAUGCUUCUGGCAUUCAAGGUCGCAUCGGCUUUAGAAGCUGGCAACUCAAAUCACAUCAUCCAACAUGGAGGCUGCAUCCUUUCCUCCGGCCACUGGUCUCCAGUUUUUCUGGGCCGAAGCCGCUUCCCCUCGGGGUUCGGAGGCGGGACCCUUGUUGAUUUUACUCGGGGGUUGUAUGGGGAGUCGUACGACGGCAAGGCCCUACAUGCCGAGAUGGCGCGAAGCGCAACGAAUGAGGUCAGAGGAUCGGGAUAGCGGGUAGCAUUGCACAUAUCUUGCAGUAAAAAAAAUUGUUUGUAAGCUUGGGGAAUUCGAGAUACAAAACGGGAGAAGGUAGGGGAGUGGGAGAGAUGAUCCGCAGUGUUUCUCUUUCCGAAAUUCUGGGGAACUUCUUUAAAACUUUCCCAUUCUUUCCACUCUCCUUCGUUUGUUUGCCCUGUUGUCCUAGCCCAACC